GGGUUAUCAGCCAAUAUCCAUGAGCAUCUGUAGGCCAAUGAUCACCGUCCUUCAAAAAUAAUUAAAGGAUGGCAUAAUGAAUCCAGUCUGUUAAAUUUCCUCUUCUCAAUUUUAAACUUUGGUUGCUUAAGACUGAAGCAAUUAUGGUGAACCUGAGGAAGGCAGUGCACUCGUUCCUUGUGCACCUGAUUGGCCUAUUGGUUUGGCAAUGUGAUAUUUCUGUGAGCCCAGUAGCAGCCAUAGUAACUGACAUUUUCAAUACCUCCGAUGGUGGACGCUUCAAAUUCCCAGACGGGGUACAAAACUGGCCAGCACUUUCAAUCGUCAUAAUAAUAAUCUUGACAAUAGGUGGCAACAUUCUCGUUAUCAUGGCAGUAAGCUUGGAAAAGAAACUGCACAAUGCCACCAAUUAUUUCUUAAUGUCCCUAGCCAUUGCUGAUAUGCUAGUGGGACUACUUGUCAUGCCACUGUCUCUGCUUGCAAUCCUUUAUGAUUAUGUCUGGCCAUUACCUAGAUAUUUGUGCCCCGUCUGGAUUUCUUUAGAUGUUUUAUUUUCUACAGCGUCCAUCAUGCACCUCUGCGCUAUUUCGCUGGAUCGGUAUGUAGCAAUACGUAAUCCUAUUGAGCAUAGCCGUUUCAAUUCACGGACUAAGGCCAUCAUGAAGAUUGCUAUUGUUUGGGCAAUUUCUUUAGGUGUAUCAGUUCCUAUCCCAGUGAUUGGACUGAGGGAUGAAGACAAGGUGUUCAUCAACAACACCACCUGCGUGCUGAAUGACCCAAAUUUCGUUCUUAUUGGGUCCUUCGUAGCUUUCUUCAUACCGCUGACGAUCAUGGUGAUUACAUACUGUCUAACGAUCCACGUCCUUCGCCGACAAGCUCUGAUGUUACUGCACGGCCACACGGAGGAACCGCCCGGAAUUAGCCUGGAUUUCCUGAAGUGCUGCAAGAGGAAUACUGAUGAAGAGAACUCUGCAAACCCUAACCAAGAUUUGAACCCACACCGAAGGAAGAAGAAGGAAAGACGGCCAAGGGGCACCAUGCAAGCUAUCAACAAUGAACGAAAAGCCUCGAAAGUCCUUGGCAUUGUUUUCUUUGUGUUUCUGAUCAUGUGGUGCCCGUUUUUUAUUACUAAUAUCCUGUCGGUUCUUUGUGGGAAGGCUUGUAAUCAAAAGCUAAUGGAAAAACUUCUGAAUGUGUUUGUUUGGAUUGGCUAUGUUUGUUCAGGAAUUAAUCCUCUGGUGUACACUCUUUUCAACAAAGUUUACCGAAGGGCUUUCUCCAACUAUUUGCGCUGCAAUUAUAAGGCAGAUAAAAAGCCUCCGAUCAGACAAAUACCGAGAGUUGCUGCCACUGCUUUGUCUGGGAGGGAGCUUAAUGUUAACAUUUACCGGCACACCAAUGAACCAGUGAUUAAGAAAGCUGAUGACCAGGAGGCCGGUAUAGAGAUGCAAAUGGAGAAUUUGGAGCUACCAGUUAAUCCCUCCAAUGUGGUUAGUGAAAGGAUUAGUAGUGUGUAAGAAAGAGCGGUGCAGUCUUUUCCUACAGUAAAGCUACAAAUGUAGGAAACUGUUCUAUAAUUCUUCUGUCGGUCAUAACCUAAUGUAAAUAUUGCUGUCUGAAAAAGUUGUUUUUAUAUAUAGCUUUGCAAUC